AUGGUGGGCUCCUAUCCGGAUGUUUUCGAAGCUGGCGCAGCCUAUUCCGGUACCGCUUUCGGCUGUUUUGCAGGCUCCAAAGGUGACCCUACGCCUAUGGGCUCAAACCAAACCUGUGCCCAAGGGCUCACUCAUACCCCGGCACAGUGGGCUCAAUUCGUGUAUAACGCCUAUCCUGGCUACACUGGAAAACGGCCACGCUUCCUGGUCGCCCAUGGUCUAGCUGACUCACUCGUUCGUCCGACGUGCGGAUACGAGCAGCUCAAGCAGUGGUCCACGGUCCUUGGCGUUACGAACACGGCCAACCAGACUGGAAGUUCCGUGGACGAAGGCGCAGCGUACACGAAGAUGAUCUACGGUGAUUCAAACAAAUUGGUAGGAUAUUUUGGACAGGGCGUAGGGCACAUUGCACCUCCAGUAGAGCCUGUACUGCUCAAGUUUUUCGAAGCGUACGAGAAGUAG